AUGGACAGAAUCGCCAAAGCACUAGCGAAGGAACGAGUCGUUCUCGCUUCGACUUCGCCUCGUCGUAUCGAGCUCCUCCGACAGAUUGGGUGCAAAGAUGUGGACGUUGUGCCAUCUCAUUUCAAGGAAGACCUGCCUAAGCACAGCAUGUCCCCAUUUCAGUACGUUGUGGAUACCGCCAAGGGCAAAGCCAUGUCUGUUUACGAGGCUACAAUGGAUGACUUGAUCCCCCCCAAGUUGGUCAUUGCAGCUGACACUGUGAUUCUCCAAGGCUCAGAGAUUCUCGAGAAGCCUAAAAACGAGGUGGAGCAUUUCAUUGGACUUCAGAAGCUCAGAGACCAUAAGGGUCCCCAUCAGGUUCUUACUGCUGUCGUCUGUGUGGCUCCUCUAGAUGAGCCGAUCAGCCCGGGCUACUGCGUGAAGACUCAUCUAGAGUCAACUGAGGUCUUUUUCGACCCUGAAACCAGUGAUGAGUUUCUGAAGAACUACGUCGAGUCGGGCGAAGCCAAGGAUGCAGCUGGAGGGUACAAGAUCCAAGGUGUUGGAGCUCUGCUUAUUUCCAAGAUCAACGGAGACUACAACAACGUCAUCGGUUUGCCACUCUCGGCCACCUGGAAGCUCAUGGGUUCUACUCUGUUUGACCAGGAACUUGACAGCGAUGCUGAGGACCGGUUUUAA